ACAUUGUGUAUCAGUGUGUGAUAGUACACAGACUGUAGUGAAUGUGUACACAGUGUUGCAGCUGCUGCUGCUUUAAGCCUGUCUUUUGGGAUGGGCUGAAUUCAUAACGUCAUUUCACUUCUCUUUCUUUUAUUCUUCGCCCCCUCAUCUCCUUCCCUCUCGAAAUGACACCGUACCCCGUGCUCCGUUACACCUCCGGCCAUGCUCUCCACACAAUGAUUAUUCAGAACUUUCUCUCGGUGUUUCUCCCUGCGGAGCAUUUUUCCGGAGCCUCAACUUUUCUCGCGUGUCAUCAUUUCUGGAGUUAACGCGGCAGAGUCAUCCGAGGCGACCAGAGCUCGCUCAUAUGUGGAGAGUAAAAAGAGCCAGUGAAACAGGCCAGGAAAUGCGGAGCCGGAGGUAGCCUGCUGCUGCUGAGAGAAAUGGCGAGCCUCGGGAUGUUUGUGCUCUGAUUCAGCUGCUUCACAUCAGCAUGAUGUUUUCUCCUCUCUCUCUGUCUCAGGAUGAGUUCCAUCCGUUCAUUGAGGCUCUGCUGCCCCAGGUUCGUGCCUUCGCCUACACAUGGUUCAACCUUCAGGCCAGGAAAAGGAAGUACUUCAAAAAACAUGAGAAAAGGAUGACUAAAGAAGAAGAGAGAGCAGUGAAAGACGAACUGCUGGGGGAGAAGGCAGAGGUGAAGCAGAAGUGGGCCAGCCGGCUUUUGGCCAAGCUAAGAAAGGACAUCAGACCUGAAUGCAGAGAAGACUUUGUCCUGUCGAUCACUGGGAAGAAAGCUCCGUGCUGUGUCCUGUCAAACCCCGACCAGAAAGGCAAAAUGAGACGCAUAGACUGUCUCCGACAAGCUGACAAGGUGUGGAGGUUGGACCUGGUGAUGGUCAUCCUGUUUAAAGGAAUCCCAUUGGAAAGCACAGAUGGAGAGCGGCUGGUGAAGGGAGGCCAUUGCUCCAACCCAAUCCUCUGCGUCCAGCCGAGACACAUCUCUGUCUCUGUCAAAGAGCUGGACCUCUACCUGGCUUACUACGUCCAAGAGAGAGAGGCAGAGCAGAGCAGCAGUCCCAGUCGUACAGGAGUGGGUUCUGAUCAGGAGGACAGUCGAACCACCACCAUGGAUGGUCCAGAGUUCCAGGACAGUUUUGUGACAUCAGGAGUUUUCAGUGUCACUGAGCUCGUCCAGGUAUCAAGAACUCCAGUAGUCACAGGAGUUGGACCUAGUUUCUCUAUGGGGGAGCUCCAGGGUCAUCUGGCUUACGACCUCAACCAGUCUGUCAACCAGCCAGUCAGCCUCAGACGAUCACUGGCCAGCACCUCCUCCAGCGGGAGUAAGCGUCAUAAGUCUGGCUCUAUGGAGGAAGAGGCUGACAGUCCCGGAGGAGAGUAUUACCACUCACCUUCCUCUCCUGCCAGCAGCUCCAGGAACUGGACUGAUGACAUGGAAGGAGGUCUGUCUCCUCCAGUGAAGAAGGCAGAGCUGGACAGUCCCUCUCCCCAGGAAGACUCACCAAGACUGGGUUCCUUCACUCAGCACCACCGGCCAGUCAUAGCUGUUCACAGUGGUCUGUCUCGGAGUCCCCACCCUUCCUCAGCUAUUCAUUUCCCACCCACGUCCUACUUCCCUCACGGAGCAAUCCGCUAUCCUCCUCACCUGACCCAGGACCCCCUCAAAGAUCUGGUGUCAUUGGCCUGUGACCCCGCCAAUCAAACCCCCAGCUCCCUGAAUGGCAACAACCAGGUUAAAGUGCCCAGUCACUACAUCUCCUCUCAGAUGUUGGCACCCCCUGGACCAGCGCCCUCUCUGGCUCCUCCCCCAUCCUCCCUCCCCAGGCCGACCCUCGCUGCAGAGUCAAAGGCCACUACCACCUCCUCUGAUGGGGGAGCAAACUCCCCCACAUCACCCACAUACUCGGCCCCUGGGACACCCCCUGCCAAUCGCACCUCCUUCGUUGGAGUCACCCCUCGAGACCCAGGUGGACUCUACCAAGCCCAGUCCUGGUAUCUGGGCAACUGAGGGACCUCUGGAGGAGAGACGCUUGUCCUGGCAGUACCGUCCUGGAGGAGAGGAAACAAUGCUGUCAAGACAACGGCAGAGGGAAAAUAUAUUCAUCUUUGUAGAAGCAUACAUAUAUAUAAAUAUACUGUAAUACUAUAUUUAUAUAUGUGUAUGGACCCAGAAGAGACAGCCUGGAUGGAAGAAGAUGCUGCUCUCACUCACAGCCAUGUGACACUAAAUGCUUCUCACUGAUGUGAGUGUCAAGUGAAAGCAAUGGAGUGAUGCAGAUGAACUGGACCAGUACCAGGCCUCCACACAGCAGAUCCUAAGAAGCCUGUUCCCAGGAUGAGGCCUGUUUCCCUGCAAUGGAUGUCAGCCUUUACCCUGUACCCUGAACCCAGAUAAAGGCCUCCUCCCUGGGACAGACAGACCUCGUCCCCCUCAACACCCAGAAUGCCCCUCUCCGCUGCAGGUGCUGCUUAUGAUAUAUGCAAAUAAGCCUCCCUUUUUUCCUCAAGCGACUAGAAAGAGAGAUCCUGAAGUUAAUAUGUAAUGUUUCUUUGCACUUUUAUUAUUGAUAUGUCUGAAGAAGAUUUUGAGUUGAAACAGCAGUUUUUUUCUCUCUUCCCACCUAAAGACAGAGGCUUUGUCUUUUUUAUUGACAAUCAUCAGCCUGAAACCAUUAAGUUGCUUCGCUAAGCUCAUGUUCUUAAGACUGUUUGAUUGUGCUUUUUUAUCAGAAAACAAUGAGUAAUAGUGGGAUAUAAGAGCUAUAUUCAUGCCUCCUCCAACACAACACACACUGCUACAGUAGGACACCGUAGAGUUCAGCCCAGUGUACUGCUCUGCUAUCUUUUUACAUGAACAUCCUGCUGCUUCCUUCCCUUCAGACCUGAUCAUUUCAUCAGAACUUCUCCAAGCAGCCAGAGACACCGUGCACCUGCCACAAAAAAACAGGAUCAUGUGGCAGCAUAGCUAGCAGUAAACUGUCUGCUGAACUCAUGUGAAACUGUUGUGUGUGUGUGUGUGUCUGUGUCUGUGUCUGUGUGUGUCUGUGUGUCUGUGUGUGUGUGUGUGUGUGUGUGUCAGAUUGUGAAUAUGGUUCCUGCAUUUCCACACUCACGCCUGCUCUGUUUUGAGGAGAUGUGUUAGUGUCUCAGAGAGCACAGUGACGGGGUGUAGAUCAGAAAGGGAGACAGCAGGCGUUGCACUUCAUGAUGCAGCAUGUCAGCGAACUGUGUCCAUGGUUAUGACAGCAGGUCAUGUGCAUGCUGACUUGAACUGAGCACAAAAUCCAGGUUUGUUGUCCAGCUGUAGAGUGGUGGUCUGUGGAGAAGGGUCCAGGUCAGGUGCAGUGCUGGGCUUGGUUUCAAACCCUGAUGAUUCACCACUGGCAGCACUCAACAGAUCACCAUUUCAAACCAGAGCUUUCUUGCUUUUCUGUGUCCAACCUUGACACAUUAUUUGCAUUAUGACAGUACUUUAGUGAGGCAAAGCAAUAUUCUGGCUUAUCACAUCGUAAUAUAGUCGAUAAUCUUUUGAAAGACAUUGAACAGCUUCAUAUCUUACAUGCUGCAUUUGAACUUUGAUUAGAAUCUUCUUGAACACUUUAAAGGUGAGUACUUAGUACUUAAUAGAAUCCAAACAUGAAUCUAUAUCCGUGGUAAUAGCGGCAUCUGGAAACCACAUGUUCGUAGAACAACAACUCAGUCUGUGUGUAGUUGUCAAAGAUCUGAAUGUAGAAGCAGAAUUUAAUUAUGAAUUAAAUCAUUAUUGAUAUUUAUCUGUAAAAUUGAAUACAUACUCCUGGCCUUUUGCUAUUUUCUACACCACCUCUUUGGAGAUGAAAACACUGAAUACAAAAUAGAUUUUUAGGGACUAAUAUUUUAUAAUCUGUGCCAUAUUUUAAUCUCAAAGGCUUUGCCACUAUAAUGUAGUAUAUUGAAAUAGUUUGCUGGGGAUGUGGAUUGGUGUUUCUGUGUUGAGGUGUGAUCAGAUGUUGGCGUGGGGUUAAUCCCAACGGGGUGGAGCUGGACGUGACUCCAUGAGCUGCUUCAUUAUUAUUAGACUAGUUUUACAGCAGAGGUCCCACACAUGUCUUCCAUCUUCCUGUAAAGAUCAGAUGUUUUCUAAUGGCCAAGCCAAAGUUUAAAUGCAAUAUUUCCAACCACUGCCGUAGUCUGAGCAUCCAGUGCAGAAGAGUAGAGCAGUGUUGCACAGUUAGUGGAAAAAUUGGAUUCAUAUAUUGGUUUCACUCGGGGGAAAUAUUUUAUUGUUCCGUGCACGGGCAGAAAGCAGACAUCUGGAAGAUGCAGCCGGCUGUAGUAGAAGAUCACAUUUGAAGGUUCUCAGAGUAACAUUCAGAGCUCACGCACAGCCGGGACAUGCAACAUGCACCGACCAUGUGUGUGUUAGUACUCGGCUCAGAACUCCAGUUCGCUCUCACAUCUUGUUCCUUCUUCCUUCCGUCUCUUUGUUUCGUGAAAUGUUAGUGUGAAACUGUAGGAAUCAGUGUGAUUCUUUUUUGCUGAAGGUAAAAUAUUUUCCACUUGCACGUGUGGAGAAUUGGAUUUGCGUUCAUUCUGAUCACAGGUUGUCCUUUCCAUUUUCUUUCCCAGGGUUUGGGGCUAGUGUCAGUGUCUCCUAGGCGUUCAGAUUUUAUACUGAAGGUGCUGAUAUGAGCUGGGUUUUGGUUGUAUACUGCAUGGUGCUGCCCUGGUGGCUGUGUUGACCUAAUGAAUGCAUGGCUCAAACUGAUGAUACCUCUCCCUCUGUCCUGCUCCUCCUUCCUCCCAUGUACUCUGUACUACAGCAGACACCAGUGGAUUGAAGGGCUGUCUAUUUCUUUACAUUUUAAUAAUAGCCCUGUUAUUAUACUUCUAUUUUGCACGAUAUUUCAUAAAACACAUUAUGUGCCUUGCCUUUAGUUAAACAACAAUAAUACAUUAUAUAAAAGUGAUCAUACUUUUCAUGGUACAGCUGGUAGCACUUACAAAACAACAAGAAAAAAAGCUGCAUGUGUGAUUGCUUGGCAUUAACCAGUGUAGAAGGUGUAUUAAAGAAAGCUUUCUUUAGCUUCAGAGGAGGCUCUGCUGCCAUCCAAAUAAAGAGAGCACUGUUUCACAGUGGAAGGACAAGUCCACAUUUUGGGAAUUAGAUUUGUUUGCGAUCAUAUGCAGAGUCACAUGAGGAGGACAAGUGUUCCAGCCUCAGCCUGCACACAGUACAGACAUGUUUAGCUCAGAUAACCACAUCUCCCAGCUUUCACCAGCUCAUUGUUGGCUCUGAAGUCAUCCCGUCACCUAAGUGUGGAAUUUCGGCCCCAUGAUAUAAACCCCUGUCCUGGAGGGCAUCAGUGAUUAGGAUACUGUAUCACAUCUACACUUAUCUAUACUCUGAUCACAUGACCAAAGUGAAUCAGUCCAUGACAGCUGAGCAAACUCAGACGUAAGGAAACUCAGAAAAGGCUUGAGUUAAGAUUUUUUAGCCAGUAAAUCCUGUUUCUAAGGUCAACAAUGAACUGGACACAGAUAUAUGUUGUCAUCUUAUUCUGGGUAAAAACUAGAAAAAGCAACUGUAGCACCCAAAAUCAUGAAAAUCUGUUCCUUUAAUGUGUGGAUCUUUGUGGAAGACAUCCCCAGGUGAUGAUUGCGCUCACAGAGCUGAUCCACUGGCUGAUAGGUGUGUGUGGACAGUAACAGUGUUGCUGUGUGUGACACUAUGGAAGGGUAGGAGGUCAGUCCUGCCUCAAUGUUCACAAUACAAACAAAAGCCAUGUUCAGCUCUCUCCACAUCCUGUUUUAAUAUUAAGUAUGCAAACACAUUGAUAGUAUUUAUUGCAGGGAAAAGUCUUAUACUAUAUUGUGAAUAUGUUGUGGCCAAGCCACUCAAUCCCAUGUAAUGGAAACAUGUUAAACACUCUGCAGCACUAACACCGUCCAUUUGCCUGUAUGGUGACAAAUCAAACAAGACACUGCUGAGGGUCGAUGGGUUUGAGUUUUCUAUGGAUGCAUGCACUUAACACUAUUACUCAACUCGGCUUCUAGGUUCUUUUUUAGUUAUUUCUUGAGUUGUUUUUAUUAUGUUGCUAGUAGCAUUAUAGUUUUAAAGAGUGUGUGUAAAAAUAUAUACACUCAUAUAAAGGAUGUACAGAAUGUUACAUUGUGUAUUUGGCUCUCUGAAGAUGGUGGCCUUGCCGCAGAGUAAGGGACCCAUGAAAUGGGAAAGGUUUAGCCAUGAGAGAGAUGAUGAAUGAUAAAAGGUGAGACUUGCAGUGGGAGAGAGACAAUCCUGGCAGUCAAGUUGAGUUAAAGAGAUCUAGAAUGCAUACUUCCACUAAAGCUGCACAAUCCACUACAGGAGUUCUUUUAAUAUCAGUGUUUAGAAAUCUGACAUUGGAUCAGAUUCAAGUACAAAGUGAUAGACACUGAUGUCACGCUUUACAAUACAAUUAGGGCUUUGAAUGGGAGCAGUAGACCUGGCAGACCCUGGUCCUGGGUCAGGUCCUCAGGUCCUGGGUCAGGUCCUCAGGUCCUAGGUCAGGUCCUGGGUCAGCCAGUAAUUACAAUUUCAUGUUACAAUUUCAAUGCCUCUGUCAUUCAAAGACUAUAAUGUCCUAGAUAAUAUGGCCAUGGUGAUAUAUCCCAGAGAAUGUAAACAGAGUCUGCAGGUCUGAAGCUGGGUGGUGGUGGUCCUCACAUGGCUGCCACUUAAAACUACAAGCAUCAGGAUAUUUUCUCCAUCACUGAGGAGCCAUGUGACGACACAAAGGCCACAUAGCUUCCUUACAUACGGCUGCUGUGCACUGUGAUGUCUCUACAACAGCUACUAAAAGAGACAUUUGAUUAUUAUUAAUAAAAUAACACCACCAAGCCAAAAUGAGACAAGACACACUCUUGUAACUAUGGUAACACUGGUGCCAAUCAAAGUGGAGAUUUCUUCCAAGCCUUGUGUGAGGGGAAGUUGUGUAGUAGUUCAAUAAACAAUUACAGUGUGUUCAGGAUGUCUGGACAAAAGUGAGUGAUGUGCUCUCCUUACCUUCUCUGCUCUAUUCAAAUAUACCAAGCAUGUAAACAACAUGGAAAGUGAAAAAACAAGCAGUGCCUAUCAUUUUACUGCUCGCUUUGAGUUCAUUUGUAUGCUGUGUUUUGCAGUACGUGUUGUGUUUAAGCACCACAUGGUCAUGUGACACAUUUGAGCCCAGGGGCUGGUGCUCAGGCUGGGCUGUGGAGGCGGAGUGCAGGUCCUGAGCUAACAAGCCAUAAAACAACCCAAAGAGCUGAAGAACAUCUAGAAACAUUCACGGUUCUUCAUUUAGGCGGGAUUAUAUUCAGGGACUAAAGCUGUGUCCUAUGUCUGCCUCCUUUCAGGUUUGCACUAGAAAAAACUAUCACGUUCCAAAUGCAGCUUAAAGAUGUGGUGAUACACUUCACACAAGGUUACCAAAGCCAGAGGAGGGAGCAGAUGAGCACCUUAGUUAGGGUAUAACACAUUGUUGCAUCAUACUGAGUUGUUUCUUGGUCAUUAUCUUUGGGCUCUGAAACUAAUGUCUCUCUUGUUGCUCUCUCUUCUCCGUCCGGUCCGGAUGCUCAGUAUACCAGUAUAACAGACGAGGCAUCAGAGCAGGAAGAUGCUGAGCUGAGAACGCUCAUUUGGGGAAAGUAGGGAAAUGGCAGAUUUAGAUUAAUACUUAAUUCCAUAUCCCAUAGUAAACAAUAUGUGUGUGCCAAAUAACAACUAAGUGUAAUCAACUCCAUAACUUAUAAGUUAAAUAAGUCUGUAAUAAACAUGCAGUGUUAGUUUUAGUCUUUGAUUCAGCAAGUAAGAUAAUUCCAUACUGAUUCACUAACAUCUGUUAACUACUCUACAAUCCUUGAUUUAUUAAGUAGCUAUUAGUUCAAUUAAAAAUAUCGAAGAUUUUCAUUAGAUAAAUGUCUGUUAUGAGGUAAGUGUUUGAGCCUAUGUAGUCGCAGUAUUAUGACCUCGUAGUCUGUGGCGACAUUCCCUGGAAAAAUCCCAAGCGGCUCACAGUUAGUGAGUGCAUUCCAUCACAACGCCAGAGCGGCACAGCUAACGCAACACACUCGCUAGUGUGUUGAAGAGACAUACCGCUAACGCUGCAAGUAUCGGUUAGCAUACUACGGCCGAACAAGCAAAACGACAGGCGAAACAAGUAAAAGUGAAAUUCAAAAAAACACGUGCAAUCACUGCUCAUUGCCAGAGGUGCCGCCAAAUAGAACAAAAAGUAGAUCUUCGAGAUUAGAACUUUAACUAUGCAAUUAUUAGCACUUCCAUAUUAGUUGCAACCGACUUUGGAUUUUGUGAACCUUGGCUGACUGUUACUACCACACCAUUAUGUUGCAGUGUGUCUCAUGCAGGGGUCAGUAUCCCCGUGUUAACAGAUCACUGGAUCCAGUGAUGCUUAGUUAAUCUUGGUCGAAGCUGCUUGUAGUUUUACCCCGGUAGAAAAUCUAAAUCUGCUUAUUUGAAUAGUUUCUUCACAUUGUCAACGAUCUGUUACAUUUGUUUGCUACUUGUUGUUAUUCAUUGGGAGAGAGUUUGGUGUUUUUUUAAUGGAGGAUUUUGAAUUCUCUUUUAAUGGUCACACAUGUACACAACACAGUGACAUUUAACCCAUCCUAGUAUUAGGAGCAGUGGGCAGCUACUAUACAGCGCCCGGGGAGCAGUGUGGGGGUCCAGUGCCUUGUUCAAGGGCACCUCAGCAGGAGGCCAACAGUCCACUCUCCAUCGUUGGUCUGUUCAGGGACUUGAACUGGUGACCCUCCGGUUCCCAAGCCAAGUCCCUCCGGACUAAACUACUGCCGCCCCAAACUUAAAUGAUGUUCUCACCGCUGUUAGCACUGUUAGCAGAGAAUAACCAAAAAUGUUUGUGUUCAGAUGCAUCAUAUCAGAAUCAUGCUUUACAUUGUGAGGGCGGGUCAGGGUUAGUAUUGUAAGUGAACAGCAGUGCUGCUGUUUGUUAGCAGUUGAUCAGAUCUGUAGCUGAAUGCUGUUUGAUGAAGAAAAGGAUAUGUACACAGUUCGGGGAUGUUCUCAUAGAGGGCUCUUUUCUAUAGACUUCUAUUCUUAUUCAACACUAUCCUACUGCUGCUGUAGCCUGAAAACCUUGUAACUCCAAUAUAUGUUUCUUUUUGCUCUUUCUAACUUGAAUUGAAUUCAAACAGCUUUCUGUAAUCAGACUCACAGCAGUUGGAAAACCUCUCUUCGUUACUCAAAAUCAGAUUUUGUAGAGUUUUCCUGUGACAGCAAUGCCAUUUUGAUUCCUUUGCGUACCUGUGGGUGCGUUGCUUCUGCACACUGUAUACUCCAUGUGCUGAAGACAGUUUGUAAUGAACGAAAGAGUUUUUUCUCAGAAAACAUUUUAAUGCAGUCGCAUAUUUUAAGGAUUUUUUUCUCCUAACUUUUCAGAUAUUAUAGUAAAGGACUGCUUUGCUUGCUUUCAGAUAUAUAUCCCUUACAUCAGAGAGAGCAUAGGCAUGGACAGCUUUCAUCAGUUAUUGCAUGACUACAGUCCACACAGACCACAGUCCUUUCCACAUGAACUGUACAUCAGGACGUUAUAUGGAGUUCCCCCAAUACCUCAAAACAAUAGAAAAGGUUGAGGUGAAGUCAACAUGUCAGCGUGAAUUAUCAUACCACUUAUAUCCCUUCCUCAAGAACACAUUAAAGAACAUUCUUGUCUAACUUGACUUAUUAAGUUGAUAAACAAUUCAAUUGACACCUGACAGCCAACCAGAAACACACAAUAAUGCAUGACUUAGUAUCCCAAUAUAAGAACAUAAUAGCGGUAGAGGUAGAGGCCAGUUGUGAUGUUCACUGUGGAGAGGGCUGCUCCUCUGGACUGGAUGUAGUUUGUAGCAGCUUUAACCUUUUCCUUUGGAAGCUAAUGUCAAUAAUCAACCUUUAUUUGCAUGAUGUAACCUGUUCCUCUCAGACUGCAUUUAGACAGGGGCAGGAAAUUAUGUUAUGUUAUGUCUUCUUCUGAAGUCAUGGAAUCACAACUUCCUGUUCAAGGUUGGACUUUCUGUUCCUGUGAGUUUGAGUGACAGCUGUCUGAACCAGUGUUUCUGACCUAAUGUUAUUCUGCUGUGGGGGAUAUCAACAUCUUUGAUGAUAUGUCAUUAUAACCAUACUUAGCCAUUGCUAUCAGCAAAUGCUGAUGGAUUCAUUACUGGAAAUGAGUAUGUUUCCCUAUGCAAAAAUAUACCAUUAAUAAACAAGCUAUACCACAACUCA